AUUUGACAAGUGGCACUUGUCAUCACAUCGACUUUUGUGUAAUAUUUACAAAAUACUUUAUUGUUUUUGCUUGUGAUUUUGUUUAUAACUAUAUUCCUGUAUCGUGAUUAUUAAAACAUAAUGUCUGAAGAAUGGAUAAGUUACGUCAAUGAUCCAAGAACAACAUGCAAAUAUGGUGCUAAAUGCUAUCAGAAAAACCCAGAUCACCAUAAAACUUACAAACACCCGCCAAAAAAUGAUUCAAAGAAAUUUAAAAAUAAUAAAGGUGGUAAAGCACGAAUGCAUCCAUACAUAAAAAAUAAAAAUCCUGUAGUAAAGGACACAGAGAUACCAAGAGUUGAUCCUAGCUCUACUGACGAUAAAAAACUUACGAAGGAUAUUUCAGAGAGUACGACUAAUAAUGAAGUAAAGGAUACAAACAAAGAAAGUUCACCAUUAGUGGAAUCAAGUGAAACUUCACAGCUUUAUGAUAAAUCUGAAGAUAAUAAGUUGUACAAAGAAUUAUUUCUUGUUGAGAUGCCUUCAGACUUCUUCCAGUUUUACAAAUGUUUAAGUGAAGAUCAGUCUGUAGACAAAACAUUAGCAAGUGUGAACUUGCAAUUGAUUGGUCCAUAUGAUUUAUUGUUAGGGAAACUUCCCAUGUUAGAUGAUAAAGAAUUGUACUUAGUUCAUUGGCGAUUUUUCUAUGAUCCUCCAGAAUUUCAGGCAGUUUUAAAGAAGAAAGGAAAGAGUGAAUUUCAUAUAGGUUAUUACCGAGAUGAUCCUGAAAGUAACCCAGAAUUUGUAGCAAGCAAUGACAGUGCAAAAGACUGCCUUAUACAACCUCUAGCAGACAAUAUAUUUGGGGCUGUUUACCAAUAUUUGCAAAAUGAAAAGAAGGCAUCCCCAUUCUUGUCUAUGCCUUGUCAAAAAUUAAUGGAGAAGAUAAAGAAAUGGGCAAAUGAGAGUAAUUUUUCAAUAGAUGAAUAUGAUAGGAAAAAGAGAUCACCAGUAACAAAGACAUUGCAUGGUGCCGGAAUUGUUGUGCCUUUUAAUAAGAAAACUGAGUUGGGAUACAGGCCACUUGUUGAAAGCAAUGCAAAUCUGAAGAAAAUGUUUGCUAAAUUAGAAUCAUCAUCAUCACAAAAAGAAAAAGAUGAAGUGCUGUCGCAAAUACAGCCAGUGUUAACAUACGCCAGUAUUGCAGUGGACGAAUGUGAUUUUGGGACUGGAUUGGAGAUUGGAAUAGAUUUAUUUUGCUCUGGACUGAAAGAAUUAGAAUCUAAUGCAGUAUCUAGUUUAUGUACAGCAUAUUCUUUGUUGAAAAGAGAUGCAUUUGCUAAGAUUAUUAAGGUACACAUGAAAAAUCGUAGAAAAGGUCCAAAUAUGUCAAUUUUUUAAGAAAAUUAAUCAUUAUAAGUGUAUAAAUUUUGCUUUUUUAUUAUUAUUUGACUAGUGCCUUAUUUAUUCUUGAUGCAGGCCAUUUAAAACUUUG